AUGACCGUGUUUUGGCCGGAGCAGUGGUGGAAGCGCAAGGACCACCGCAAGAUCCGUGGCGCACGUGGUGCACGCUUCGCCUCGCUGCGCUUCCACGGCGCCUUCAUCCUCAGCGUCGUCGUGCUGGUCGAGUACGUGUUCCGGUCGACGGACAACUUCACGGCGCGGCACUUCGCGGACCCGCCAGUGCUGGCGCCGCCGCCGCUGCCCACGUCGCUGGGGUACUCGAUGACGAGGGAGAUGCCGCACUUGAAGUCGCUUGAGCUGGAGCGCGAGGUGCCAGCGCACCUACCGCGGAGCGGUCCCCUUGAUCUGAAGGGCCUCCGCGGAGAGGGCCGUCUAUCGGGAUGA